AUGGGGUAUAAUAUAGUGCUUCAUACGUUGGAGGAAGAUGAGAGGAAUAGUGUGGAAGAGGGUGAGGAGAAGAAAGUUGAAAGUGAGGAUGUAAAGCCGGAAGAGAAUGAGGAUGGAGGAGGCGGGAAAGUGGAUGAAAAACCCAAAGAGGAAGUUAAGGAUGAUAGUGUGGAGAAACAAAAUGAGGAGGGACGAAGUGAAGAGGGUGAGGAAGAAAGAGGAGGAGAAAGUGAGGGGGAAAGUGAGAAUAAAAAUAAUGAAGUAUUGAAGGAGGAGGAUAAGGGAAAUGAAGAGGCUGAGCAAGAAGGGAAUAAGGACAAGGAAAAUGAGGUGAAGGAUGAUGGAGAAAACAAAAGCGAGGAGGAGCAACAGGUUGAGAACAAAGAAAAGGAAAAUGAAACAAAGGAAGAGAACAAAGCGGAGGAAAAUGAAGCUAAGGAAGAGAACAAAGCGGAGGAAAAUGAAGCUAAGGAAGAGAACAAAGCUGUGGAGAAGGAGAAAGAGAAAGAAGAGAGCAAAGAAAAUGAAAGUGGAGAGCAAAAAUCUGAUGAGAACAAGACUGAUGAAAUUAGGGAAGAGAGCAAAGAGAGUGGAAAUGAAGAAGAGAAGAAAGUGAACGGGAAAGAAGCCAAAGAGGAAAGCCAAGAGAGCAAAGAGAAUGACACUUCACAGAAUGAAGGUCAAGAAAAGGAAGAAGGCAACAACGAAAAGAAGAAUGAAGAAACAAGUACGGAAGAUAAGGACUCUAAGAUAGAGAAAUCAGGUUCGUCAGAUGCUCAGGUUCAAGAUGGAAUUAACAAGGACGACAAAGCUGCUACUGAGGAACAAAACAAGGAAAAUGAUUCUUCCACUUCAGAGCUGAAUGCAUCUGAACAUAAAGAGAAUAAUGAAGAAGCCGCAGAAAAUAAGACUGCUGAAAAGGAGUCUUCUGAUGCAGUAACUGCUGGAGAAAAACAUGAUGUUACUCCACAAGAUACGGCUGAUGGCUCUCACUUUCUCCCUUCUGAAACUGUAGAGUCUGGCGAAGACAAGCAAGCUAAUGCCACUACAUUCAGUGAUGAAACAUUUGUCACACUGAAUCAAAAUGAUGCAACAGAUAACACAAGCACUAAAGAGGAUAAUAAUUCCGUUCUACGGGAAGUUGUAUCAGAGAAACCUGAGAAAACUGAAGCAGGAGCAAGUGAAAACCAAUCGUUUGCAAAUUCUGACUCCGUCUCUAAGACUGAGGACACCAACAAUGUUGAAGGUGGAGGAGGCUCUUCAGCAGAUGGUCAUACAUCCUAUUCUGAUACAUCUGGUCACGAGGGUGCAAAUGGGGAGAAUCCAGAGAAAAAUAUCUCUGGAAAUUCUCCUUCUGGAACAAAUGGAACAAAUGAAUUAAUCAACCAUGAUCAAGUUCACUCUUCCUAUAAUUCAAACUCUGAGGGACAUAAAGAGGAGGAAGCAUCAAAAGUGAAAAAAGCGAAGAUGUAGAGAAACCAGUGGAGCAGAAAGAGGAUGUGUCAAAAGAAAAUGAUGGCCAAGAUACAGAGAAGCUUGUGGAGAAGAAAGGGGAUGCAUCAAAAGUAAAUGAUGGCCAAGAUUCAGAGAAUCCAGUGGAAAAAAGAGAGGAAGCAACAAGAGCAAAUGAUCACCAAGAUGCUGAGAAAUAUGAACAAGUUGACGAUUCCAAACAGCAGCAGCAUUUGGAGGAGGAGUCAUUGAACUAUAAUAAGAAAAUAAAUUUGGAGGAGCAUGAGCAUGAGCAAGAGCAAGCUGAGUCUACGAACAACUCGGAGUCAGAAGGCCAAAAAGAGGACUCAACAAAUGUUGAGCUCCAUCAUGAAGCUGAUACCUCAGUCACUCAAGAAGUUAAAGAUCGAACUGAUUUAGAUACUCUGCCAGAUAACAGUAAUGAAGCUGGCAGCAAUAGAGAUGCAAUUGCCAAGUGAGCUUUCCAGUUAGGUGCUUAAAUUGCAGUUUAUCUUUAUUCCCACUUGAAGGCAAAGCUGAGUUUAGUUUCCCUUUUCUUGCAAAUGUAGGGGCUGAGUACAACCCUCUUGUAACAUGGUCUUUCUCUGUCCUUAUUACGAUAUUAGUGUAUAAAAGAUGUUUAAUUGAUGAGUUGAUAGGCUGACCGUUAGUGUUGUUCUUAUGUUGCCCCAUAAGAGUUCAAGGUGCCUUAUAUUUUUGAUUUUCUGUAUGUAGUAUGUAUUUACGCUGCUGCACUGAGGCAUUCAUCUACUGUAGUUGAUUUCCUUGAAAUUGGAUUAUUCUAUUGAUGUUAUAGAAUUAAAUUCUGUAUUUUGAUUCAUUA